CCUCUCGCCGGCAGCCGCUGAGCCGGUCCCUCCGACCUGGCAGCCUCAUGCUGGGGGACGCUGCCGGCUGGGGCUGACCGAGGCCGCCCUGUCCGUACCGCCUGCCCUUCCCGCUUUUCCCUUCCUUUCCCAGCCCGUGCUCCCUGCCCUUCCCUUCCCUUCCCGCACCCCGGGCCCGGCACCCCCCGGCUCCCAGGCACCGCCGCCGCCCCGGCCACCAAAAGUUGUGCGGAGCGCCGAGGAUGGGAGCGCAUCUGCAGCCUCUAGCCCUGCGGCUGCUGGCGUUGACUUUCCCCUUGGUGGCGAAGGGUUUUUCGGACGAAACCUUGGAGAAAGCCGCGAAAUCCGAGGGAUAUUGCAGUCGGAUCCUGCGAGCCCAAGGCACCCGGAGAGAAGGGUAUAAUGAAUUUAGCCUCAGGGUGGAGGGCGAUCCAGAAUUUUACAAGCCUGGGAACAGUUACCGGGUGACACUUUCUGCUGCCACUCCUGCUUACUUUCGAGGAUUCACAUUGAUUGCUCUCAAGGAAGGAAAAGAUGGUGACAAAGAAGAAGACCAUGCAGGAACUUUUCAGAUCAUAGAUGAAGAAGAAACACAGUUCAUGAGUAAUUGUCCUGUUGCUGUUACUGAGAGCACACCUAGGAGGAGGACACGCAUUCAAGUGUUUUGGACAGCUCCUCCUACUGGUACAGGCUGUGUGAUUCUGAAAGCCAGUAUCGUGCAAAAACGCAUAAUUUAUUUUCAAGAUGAGGGCUCUCUUACCAAAAAAAUUUGUGAACAAGACUCAGCCUCAGAAGGUGUAACUGACAAGCCAAUUUUAGACUGUUGUGCCUGUGGAACUGCGAAAUACAGGCUGACGUUUUAUGGAAACUGGUCAGAAAAAACACAUCCCAAAGAUUUUCCACGACGCACCAACCACUGGUCUGCUAUCAUUGGUAGUUCUCACUCAAAGAACUACAUCCUUUGGGAGUAUGGAGGAUAUGCUAGUGAAGGUGUCAAACAAGUUGCUGAGCUGGGGUCCCCUGUAAAGAUGGAAGAAGAAAUUCGACAACAAAGCGAUGAGGUAUUAACAGUCAUCAAGGCAAAAGCACAGUGGCCUGCCUGGCAACCUCUGAACGUGAGAGCUGCUCCCUCUGCUGAGUUUUCUGUCGAUCGGCACCGGCACCUGAUGUCCUUCCUCACCAUGCUGGGCCCCAGCCCGGACUGGAACGUGGGUCUGUCUGCAGAAGAUCUCUGCACCAAAGACUGUGGCUGGGUUCAGAAAGUUGUCCAGGAUUUAAUACCCUGGGAUGCUGGCACAGACAGUGGAGUUACUUAUGAGUCUCCUAACAAACCUACAGUUCCUCAAGAGAAGAUCAGACCACUUACAAGCUUAGAUCAUCCUCAAAGUCCAUUUUAUGACCCAGAAGGAGGAUCUAUCAAGCUGGUAGCCAGAGUUGUCAUUGAGAGAAUUGCACGCAAGGGGGAGCAAUGCAAUAUCGUACCUGAUAACAUAGAUGAUAUUGUAGCAGAUCUAGCACCAGAGGAAAAAGAAGAAGAUGACACCCCUGAGACCUGCAUAUAUUCAAACUGGUCCCCAUGGUCAGCCUGCAGCUCUUCUACCUGUGAAAAGGGCAAGAGGAUGAGGCAGAGAAUGCUUAAAGCUCAGCUGGACCUCAGUGUGCCCUGUCCAGAUACACAAGAUUUUCAGCCAUGCAUGGGCCCAGGCUGCAGUGAUGAAGAUGGUUCCACUUGCAUGAUGUCUGACUGGAUUACAUGGUCCCCCUGUAGUGUAUCCUGUGGGAUGGGAACGCGAUCUAGAGAGAGAUAUGUAAAACAAUUCCCAGAAGAUGGCUCUAUGUGCAAAGUGCCUACCGAAGAGACUGAGAAAUGUAUUGUAAAUGAGGAGUGCUCCCCUAGCAGCUGCCUUGUCACAGAAUGGGGAGAGUGGGAUGAAUGCAGUGCCAGCUGUGGCACGGGGAUGAAGAGACGACACAGAAUGAUCAAGAUGACUCCUGCUGAUGGAUCCAUGUGUAAGGCAGAAACUACAGAGGCAGAGAAAUGCAUGAUGCCUGAGUGCCAUACCAUCCCCUGUCUCCUCUCCCCGUGGUCUGAAUGGAGUGACUGCAGUGUAACAUGUGGGAAGGGAAUGCGAACCCGGCAGAGGAUGCUGAAAUCUGCUGCUGAGCUUGGAGACUGCAACGAGGAGCUGGAACAAGCAGAAAAAUGCAUGCUGCCUGAGUGCCCCAUUGACUGUGAACUAACUGAGUGGUCCCAGUGGUCUGAAUGCAACACCUCAUGUGGAAAGGGCCAUAUGAUCAGGACAAGAAUGAUUAAAAUAGAGCCCCAGUUUGGUGGAACAGCAUGCCCAGAAACUGUCCAGAGAACAAAAUGUCGAGUAAGAAAAUGCCUGAGAGGCUCAGGUAUGGAAAAAAGGCGCUGGAAAGAGGCCCGGGAGAAAAGGAGAAGUGAACAAGCAAAAAAAAAUACAGAUAGUGAGCAAUAUCCAGUUUGUAGGCUGAAACCAUGGACUGCUUGGACUGAAUGUUCUACACUCUGUGGAGGUGGAAUUCAGGAACGCUACAUGAUGGUAAAGAAGAGGUCCAAAAGUACUCAGUUUUCCAGUUGCAAAGACAAAAAGGAGCUAAGAGCAUGUAAUGUUCAUCCUUGUUAACAAAACAUGAGGUUUCCAAGUGAUGCACUCUGAGCUAAAUGGAAAGUCAACCUUGGUUUGGUUUUUAAAACAAAAAAAAUAUAAAUGUAUAUUAGUUUUCAUUUUUUUGCAGUGUGGUUUGCUUUUUAGUCUUGCUGGUGCAAGAAAUAUAUUUUAUAAAUAUUUCCUCACAGAUUUAUGCUGAGAGUAAAUCUUUGGUACUCCAGCCAGCCCUUAAUGCAUAAAACUAGUCAUUAUGAGACAUUUAACUGAAAUACACACAUAUCUGUGGACAUGGAAUAGCCAUAUAGAAAUACUACUUGUAAAGACAUGGGGUGCAUGCAUAUUAACAAAACUAAGUGAAAGUGAUGUUUCGUGUGUGGGAGGAUUUCUCUCUUGAUUUGAUUUUGAAAAUCCAAAGCAGUGCCUAUGUGAUUACACAACUAUGCCAAGGAGUACUUUCAGUAAUGCUGGUUCAAUAAUGCUAAAGGUGCAUGUUUAUCUCUUUACACUAUUGGCUUUAGCUGAUAGUUAUAGUAAUUAUCCUACAUACUUUUCUUCACAUGGAUGUUAUGGUCCAUGCACAAUGGGCUUUCUUUAAAACUUAAAAAGGAAAUAAUUUGUUCAGCUCUGUAGUGGUAUCUGUCCACUGCACAGACACAGUCAAAACA